ACUUCGGACCCUUUUGAGUGGCGAGCACUUCCGGAAUCUCCCGGGUACUUGGCGUGGUGCUAUUUCUAAACUAGGUCUGUGGCUCGCGUGCGGCCACUGGGUUUGCUUGCAACUUCACGCACUUCGGUUUCCCGGCCUUAUGGCCGGACUGACCCUGUUUGUGGGCCGCCUCCCGCCCUCGGCCCGCAGUGAGCGGCUGGAGGAGCUGUUCAGUCAGGUGGGGCCGGUGAAGCAGUGCUUCGUGGUGACUGAGAAAGGCAGUAAGGCCUGUCGAGGCUUUGGCUAUGUCACGUUCUCUAUGCUGGAAGAUGCCCAGAGGGCCCUCACGGAGAUUACCACCUUUGAAGGCUGCAAGAUCAACGUGACUGUUGCCAAGAAAAAACUGAGGAACAAGUUCAAGGAAAAGGGGGGAAAUGAAAAUUCAGAACCCCCAAAGAAGGAGCUGAAGCCUAAAAAAGGCAAAGUGGCAGAUAAGAAAGCCCGGUUAAUUAUACGGAACCUGAGCUUUAAGUGUUCAGAAGAUGAUUUGAAGACAACAUUUGCUCAAUAUGGAGCUGUCCUGGAAGUAAACAUACCUCGGAAGCCAGAUGGAAAGAUGCGUGGUUUUGCUUUUGUUCAGUUCAAAAACCUCCUAGAAGCAGGAAAAGCUCUCAAAAGCACGAACAUGAAAGAGAUAAAAGGGCGAACAGUGGCUGUGGAUUGGGCCGUGGCAAAGGAUAAAUAUAAAAGUACACAGUCUGCCUCUGUGCCAGGUGAGGAGAAGAAGCCUAAAGCUAAACAUCAGUUAAGUAAAGAGAGUGGCAGGGAAGAAGAGGUUAAGGAGGAGGAGGAGGAGGAUGUAGGAGCAGAGGAGAAAGGUGAUGAAGAGGAGGAGGAGAAUAAAGAGCCAGAGGUGACCAAGCCUGUGUGCAUUCAGAAGAGAGCAGCCGAGAGGGCAGCGCCAGCAGAAAGCAGUGAAGAGGACACUUCUGACGGGGACAGUGACCUGGAGGAGAGAGAGAGCACUGACAGUGGAGAGGAACUGGCUCAGCAUGACACCAACACUGCAGGGCAGGGGACUGAAGAUGUACAAGUCUCAAAGAAAAAGAAGAGGAAAUUACCCUCUGAUGUGAAUGAAGGGAAAACUGUUUUUAUCAGAAACCUGUCUUUUGACUCGGAGGAAGAAGAACUUGGGGAGCUCCUCCAGCAGUUUGGAGACCUUAAAUAUGUCCGCAUUGUUUUGCAUCCAGACACAGAACAUUCUAAAGGUUGUGCAUUUGCCCAGUUCAUGACUCAAGAAGCAGCUCAGAAGUGCCUUGAAGCUGCUUCUCCAGAGACUGAGGGUAGUGGGCUUAAACUGGAUGGCCGGCAGCUUAAGGUUGACUUGGCAGUGACGCGUGAUGAGGCUGCAAAGCUCCGGAGAAAGAAGGUGAAGAAGCCAACUGGAACCCGGAACCUCUAUCUGGCCCGAGAAGGCUUGAUUCGGGCUGGGACGAAGGCUGCAGAGGGUGUGAGCCCUGCUGAUAUGGCCAAAAGAGAACGGUUUGAGCUACUGAAGCAUCAGAAACUCAAGGACCAGAAUAUCUUUGUUUCCCGGACCAGGCUCUGCCUGCACAAUCUCCCAAAGGCCGUGGAUGACCAACAGCUCAGAAAGCUGCUGCUGGAUGCCACUAAAGGGGAGAAGGGCGUGCGCAUCAGGGAGUGUAGAGUGAUGCGAGACCUUAAAGGAGUUCAUGGGAAAGUUAAGGGCCAGUCCCUGGGCUACGGCUUUGCUGAGUUCCAGGAGCACGAGCAUGCCCUGACAGCCCUACGCCACAUCAACAACAAUCCAGAAAUCUUUGGGCCCCAGAAGAGACCAAUAGUGGAGUUCUCAUUGGAAGAUCGAAGGAAACUUAAAAUAAAGGAACUGAGGAUCCAGCGCAGCCUGCAAAAAGUAAAAUCCAAGCCCUCAGCCAGUGAGCCACAGCAGAAACAGCCAGAGCUUAGAAAAGACCACCAACGGAAAACAGCUCAAAACCACACAAAAGCACAAAGCAAAGCCUCCCUGGAACAGAAGGGGAAGGCGGGCUGUAUCUCGUGGACGGGGUUCCAGACCAAAGCUGAAGUGGAACAGGUGGAGCUGCCUGAUGGAAAGAAGAGAAGGAAGGUCUUGGUGCUCCCCUCACACCGAGGCCCAAAAAUUAGGUUGCGGGACAAAGGCAAAGUGAAGUCUCUCCCUCCCAAAAAGCCAAAGGCCCAGCUAAACCAGCGGAAGCAAGAGGAGGAAAAACUGCCCUCCAAGCAGGUAUCUAGGAAAAAAGCUAAGGGAAAUAAAACAGAAAUCCGCUUCAACCAACUGGUCGAACAAUAUAAGCAGAAAUUAUUGGGGCCUUCUAAAGGAGCACCUCUUGCCAAGAGGAGCAAAUGGUUUGACAGUUGAUGGUGGCAGCAGACUGGAUAAGAAGCUGGAUUGUGUGCUUCUUGGUAAAGUUCCCAGGCUCCCCACCCCCACCAAUGUCAUUUACUGAGGGAAAGAAAAACCCACUUUGUUGGGAGGCCCCCUGUGCGCAUAGAAACUUCGGACACUCCCCAGUGCAUGGUUAGUUGACCACAAAGAGAAAUCUCAGAAAAACAUCAUGAUGCUUCCUGCACAUUAUCCAGAUUAUCCAGAUUAUUAAGUGAAGUUGUGUUUAUAAUUAUUACCUAAAUUCUUCUCAAAUGGAAACAAUCAUCAAAUGCAUUCUUGAGGGAUGAAUUUUUAAGGUAUAUAUUUUGUUAAGUGUCUUCUCUAAAAGAUACUGUGGCCUUUGAAUAACUGUCUCUCAUUUCUAACAUAUGUAAAUCCUUUAUUAUUUAUGAAUAUUUUGACAUUCCUAACUCCAAUUCAGUUAUAUACAUAAUUAGGCCUACAUACUACAGGAAUUGAUUAAAUAAGAGCAGAGAAAAACCAUUUCCAUUCUAAUCUCUGAGGGUGAAAGAAACUUGGAAGGUAACUGAGGGCAUGGGGCCUGGCAGAGAGCAACACCUGAUAAUUGUUUGCCAAAUGAGUAGGUUGUUGUUGGCAGUUUUGCAGAGGUCCUCAGACAACAGCGUCUGGUGAUGACCUGCAUUGUCUCUCAUCCAGUGCCCAGUCCUGAGGCCUUAGAGAGGUGGAGGUGGUGGAGACAGCAGUGAGCAUGAGGCCUGAGCCUGACCUGCCUUUGCCUACUGCGUGGCCUCCAACCACACAGACUCUGGGCAUUAGCUUCCUCAUCUAUAGAAUUAGGAGUUUUAAUGAAAGGUUUUCUCUGAUCCUUCCUGGCUCUAAAUUCUUAUUCUAAUUCAUUCUUCUCCAUAUUUAUAUUCUUUCUAUUUUUUAAACUCAGAGAGGGUAGAGAUGGCUUUCAUUACUCUUAAAAAUUUUAGUCAUUACAAAGCUGGGAGGGAAGGUGAAUAAAUAUUAGAGAGUCAAGGUCCAAAAAGAUAAUGAUAGCCUGAAGAAAUGGGCUGAAUCUGAUGAGAGUCAUUGAGAACAAACAUAAAUUCCCUCACCUGGAUGCAAAAACCCUACUGCACAAGUUCUGGUGAGUUGAUUGAAUUUACAUUAUGAAGCAACUGUAUGGCCAUCAUAAAUGGUAGGGACUGUUAGUCUGUAUCAUUAGAAAUGGGAGGGAGCUGCUUGUACUGAGCUGGCCAGGCCACUCCUGUAAGACAAGUGUUAAUGGCCAAGUGGGUGAAGGAAAUCAAAGUGGAAACAAGAUGGAAAAAAAAUUGGUCAUGUGUUGAUUGUUGUUGAGGCUGGUCAUGGGUAAAUGGAGAUUUGUUACACUAUUUUCUCUGCUUUUUUGAACAUCUGAAAUUUUCCAUAAUAAGUUAAAGUCAGAUGAGUAACUGAAGGAAGCUGGUACUGAGGAGAGUGUUCUUGGGGUGUGAUAGCUGUUGGUAGAUCCCGGAAUAAUAUACAGAGGUAGACCAGUAAAAGUCAUGAGGAAUCAAAGAUUUUGGCUCAGUAUAUGGACGAACUUUAGUGCAGCUGUCAGAGGGGCAUGAGUCCCAUGUCUGGGCAGUCCAAGUAUAGAUGUAGUAAGUCUAUAAUAUUGUCUGGGGGAUUGGGCUAGAGGAGAUGGUAAGGACUGGUCAUUAACGUUUGGCCCCAAGAUGACCCAAAAACACGCCUCAUGUCUCAUCCUGGUCCUGAGGCUGCUUUCUAAAGAGAAAACCUGAUCAUUAUUCUCUGGGUGGCAUCCUUCCUACAGUUGGUCCUCAUUAAAUCAGUAUCACGGUCAAGAUGACUUAGCUCCUGCUUAAAACUCUCCAGUGGUUUCUCUUCUCACUGUGGUUGAAAUUUCAAGUCCUCAUAAUGUUCAGUGCCCUGGGUUCUCUGGCUCCUGUCACCCUCUUACCUGUCCGUGUCCACUCUCUCCCUUUCUUUCAUUUUUGGCCACACAGGCCUUCCUUCCCUUAGUUUGUUUGUGUGGAUAAAAUGAGAGUUGCUGUGGCCAGGAUUCUCACCUGGCCCUGGUUGACUAGCUCACUGCACACCUGUGGGCAGUAAAUGUCUGUUGACUAUAUAAAGAGCUCCUCCCAGUGCUCUGCGCACAACAUGGUGGC